AUGAGAAGAUUUCUGAAGAGCCAGAAGGGCCGUUUUUCGCUCCGCCAAAGCCGUUCAGGAUCCCGCAGUGCCUCCAAGGACUUCUAACUGGCUCUUCCAGCGAAUAACCAGGGCUGGCCUGAGGACUUUGGAUUCAAGCUAGGUGGAGAUGGGCCUAGCUACAUCCUCUCUGUGGUGGAGGGCAGCAGUGCCUAUAUGGCAGGUCUGCAGCCUGGGGACCAGGUGCUGGAAAUUGAGGGCCAGAAUGUCUCCUCUCUCAGCACUAAAGCUCUCAUCGCCUUAGCCCAAACUCUCAAAACUGUACCUCCAAGCAUCGGGGUUGUGUCCCGCAUUGAACAGUUGGACAUCAUUCCAGGACCCGACGGCCGCUUUGGCUUCACCAUUGUUGGAGAUUGCCCUUUGUUGGUGGAGGACUGCAUGCUUAACUCUCCAGCAGGCCGCAGCGGGUUACGAGCGGGGGACUACGUGAUGGAGGUGAAUGGAAUUCCAGUGAAACACCACGAGAUGGCAGCAGCCAUGAUUAAAGCAUCGCAGGGGCGAACACUGCGCCUUGGUGUGCUCAGAAUAAACCGUUGGCAGAAACGCACCAGCAGCAGCAUGAAAGAGACCUACCAAAGUGGAGAUAUAGUCCGUCAGGACCGCAAAUACAAAGCCCUGGAGUUUAACAAGAAGGUUGAGGAGAUUUUAGGUGAAGAGCCAAUGGUAAAGGAGAGGCUUUUUGACCUGCUGAAGCAAUACGCAUCAGAGAGGGAUGUGGAGCAGCUGGCAUCCACACUCCCUGAGAUACUGAUCAAUGAGGAACAUCAACAGCUGAUAGACAGCAUCAGGAUAUUCAUUCCAAAGAAGCACCGACAACGCUUUGAUGAUGUGGUCUCCCAGAGUCUGAUAAGCCGCCUGAGGGGCCGCAGUUUUAGCGAGCACAGACAGAGUGGACUGCGCCGCAGCCGCAGUGAGGAUCACCCGGAGCGGCUGCUGGUGUCUACACGGGCCAGCUCAGUGCCACGCACUGCCCAUGAGGAUGGCAUCAUACCACCCUCUCGUGGCCUUCGCAAAACGACUUCACUCAUCGCUGGCCACACCGGCGCCAUCGCCAACCGCAGGACAGUGCGGGUCUACAAAGGGAACCAAAGUUUUGGUUUUACACUACGCGGGCACGCUCCUGUUUGGAUCGACUCUGUUAUUCCAGGUAGCCCAGCUGAGAAAGCAGGCCUUAAACCUGGAGAUCGCAUCUUGUUUCUUAAUGGCCUUGACAUGAGGAACUGUGCCCAUGAGAAGGUGGUGGCGAUGCUUCAAGGAAGUGGUGCAAUGCCUUCGCUAGUGGUAGAAGAUGGCCCUCCAUCCUUCAUGCUGGCUGAGCCAGAGGCUUUGGAGGCAUCUCCACGCUCACGUUCUCCUGUGCUCAGCUCGCUACAGUGGGUGGCGGAAAUUCUGCCACCCAGCAUCCGUGUGCAUGGGCGCACUUUCAGUCAGCAGCUGGAGCACCUGCUCACCCUGCAAGAGAGAUACACCAUCUGCAAGGCCCUUGAGGCCUUCUUCCAGCACAGGAAUGUGGAUACUCUUAUCGUAGAUGUGUUUCCAAUCCUGGAUACUCCAGCUAAGCAGGUGAUCUGGCAGUUCAUUUACCAACUGCUGACCUAUGAGGAGCAAGAACAUUGUCAGAGCAAGAUCUCACGCUUCCUUGGUUACAAAAUCACAUUGCCUGUGGCAGAGCCAGAGCCACCAGCUCCAGAGCCCCAUCGGCGUAGUAGCUCCAUGAAGGUGACGGGCACCACCUACCGGAGCAGUGUGAGAGGCCGUAGUUCAGAUGACCUGGUUAUUGGCACUCAUCUAGGAAUGGGGAUCCGCACAGAGCCUGUUGAGGUGGCUCCUAUGAGACUGGCCCCCGGAGAAAGACAGUCCGGAGAUGGGACUUCUCUGCCAGAAACCCCCAACAACCUUACUAACCUAUCAGCUGUAUAUGCUGAGCUUGAAAAUGUGCAUGUUGGCAAGAGGUCUAAAUCGCUAAAGAGUCGCCCACCUCCUGCCCCUGAAACAUUGAUUGACAUCUACCCUCACUCAUCUAGCCAGUCUUUUAGAGCUAAAUCUUCCUCGCCUUCUGUACGGGCUAGUUCAGGCAGUCGUAAGAUUAUAUCAGUGCAGCCUCCCCCUCCCCCUCCCCCACCUCCACAACCUUUAUGGAUUGAGCCCCUGCCCAGUCCCCAAGGCUCAAACUAUCCCCAGGAGCUUCCAUCCCAUGGGAGUGCAGAGUCCAACCCCUACAUUAGUCUGGAUAGCCCACCAUUAUCACCACCAUCUCCCCCUGACUAUCCACCAAGCCCCCCAGACUACAUAUCCAGUCCUCCCAUCCGAAAGAAGCGAUACACGUUUUCUCGUCCCCCCCGAAGUGCUGAUACAGACCUGUUCAUGGAGGCCCUCACAGAGCAGCUGGGUCAGCAGCUCUCUGUUGAUGAUUUCUUGUCUCCAGAGAAUGACUACGAGGAGGAUGUGGUCCAGAUGACCCUGCAAGAUGAGGAGGAUGAGGAUGUAGAGGAUGAAGAUGAGGAGGAAGACGAAGGCCCUUAUAUCCCACCUGAACUUAGCAGUGCCAGUGAGAUGCAUAGUAGCAGUGAGGAUGCAAGUUCUCUCACCUAUUCAUCCAGCUCUGACCACAUUCCACCUCCACCUCUCACCCCACCGCCCCCACCACCUGUUCAGUUUAAUGAUCCACCACCUCCCAGCAACUUCACCCCUGAUCAAAUCCCCCGACAUUUAACUUUCCGUCGUCAACCAGGACCUCCACCUCCCCCUCCUCCUAGGGCCAAUCCACCUCCAAAGCGACAAUCCAUUAACAAGGUGCUUCCUACUCGGGAUGAAUUGAUGUCCCACCAGGUUAUACAAGAAGCACAGUCUCUACCAGUCCAGCCAACAACUGGACCCCCCCAGCAUCUUCUACAGCAGAUGCACCAGUCCCUGCCCCCAUUGCCUUCCCCGGACCUAUCUCCAUCUGCCAUCCAUAGCCAUAUCAUGUACCAAAUGCAUCACCAAACUCAGCAAAGUCAACAAGAUCAACAGGCCUAUCAAAUUCACCAAAGUCAUCAGGCUCAGCACAGUCACCAACUUCAUCAAGCUCAGCAGAGCCGUCAAAUGCAUCAAAGCCACCAAACUCAUAAUACCCAUCAGACCCAACUCUCUAGCUCCAUGGACAGGCUUGACAAAAUUGAUAGAAUGGAACUGUCUGAUAGACAUGUUUAUGAGGUUUACCACCCUCAACCAGUGCACCAAGGUCAUCAGACUCCCCUUAGUCAUCAUCAGAGCCAUCAAGCUCACCUAUCAAGCUCCAUGGAUAGGCUGGAUAGAUUGGAAAGAAUUGAACAUUUAGAACGAAUGGAACGUUUAGAACGAAUGGAACGGUUGGAGAGGUCAGAGAGAGCUGAAAGGAGAGCUGAAAUGCAUCAAGCCCAGGUGUCUCAACUGAACUCCCAGUCUAUUCGCCAGAAUCAACAGAGUCCACAACCUCAGUCAGGUUAUCCCAGUCAACACCAAAUCCAUCAGAUCCAUCAAGUUUACCCACCAAACCAUCCUUCUCCACAUAGCCACCAUUCUCAUCACAUUCAUCAAAUUGAGCACAUCCAUCAGACACAGCUUGUGCAAUCUGCCCCACAAUACCAUGUUAUCCACCAGCCCCACCAACCCCACCAGACCCAGGUCCUCUCCACCUUCCUGCCUCUGCAUCAGCCAGUAUCACAACAACAAAGACAACAACAGCAACAACAACAACAGCAACAGCAGCAACAGCAACAGCAGCAGCCACAUCAACACCAACAUCAGUCUCAUUCUUCCCAACCUUCAACCCAGGCCAGACAGAGUCCUCAUCCCAUUCAGCACCAACGGCAUCAACAUCACCAUGAAGCUCUGUCUCAAUCACAGCCUCAACCUCAGCCCCAGCCUCAGCCCCACCACCAAGAAGCAUCUAUUCUGGAGCCUCCUCCUCCUCCACCUUUACCCCCUCCUUGUAUGCCACCCCCUCUGCCCCGAGCCUCACCACAUAAAUCAGACUCCAGUCACAUGAAUGUGAAGAGGCUACGUUGGGAACAGGUUGAGAAUUCUGAAGGAACUAUCUGGGGACAGUUGGGAGAGGAUUCUGAUUAUGACAAACUCAGUGACAUGGUAAAAUAUUUGGACUUGGAACUGCAUUUUGGGACGCAGAAGAGUCCAAUCUCUGUUCCAGAACCUGCACCUCAGCCUGAAACAUUUAAAAAGAAAGAUGUGAUUGAGAUUCUUUCCCAUAAGAAAGCAUACAAUGCCUCCAUCCUGAUUGCCCACUUGAAGCUGUCUCCUGGUGAGCUGCGGCAUGUGCUGAUGACAAUGUCGACGGAUCGCCUGGAGCCAGCACACAUCAAGCAGCUGCUAUUGUAUGCGCCAGAUGAUGAAGAAGUCAAACGUUACGAGCAGUACACUGAUGACCCUAGCAAGCUGAGUGAGCCAGAUCAGUUUGUCUUACAGAUGCUGUCUGUGCCUGAGUAUAAGACCCGUCUGAAGAGUCUGCAUUUUAAAAGCAUGCUGCAGGAGAAGACUGAGGAGAUGCGAGCAGGAUAUGAGUGCAUCUAUAAGGCCUCACUGGAGCUCAAAAACAGCAAAAAACUAGCAAAGAUUCUGGAGUUUGUCCUUGCCAUGGGGAAUUACUUAAACAAUGGCCAACCCAAGGGAAGUAAGACCACUGGCUUUAAGAUCAAUUUCCUAACUGAACUUGCUACCACCAAAACCGUGGAUGGAAAAUCCACUUUUUUGCAUAUUCUUGCCAAAUCCUUGUGCCAACAUUUUCCUGAGGUACUGGACUUUGCCAAAGAACUCACAACCGUACCAAUGGCAGCCAAAGUGAAUCAGAGGAACAUCACUUUAGAUAUGAAUGAUCUGCACAGCACCAUCCAAGACAUUCGCUCAGCCUGCCACAAGAUGCCAGCCACUGCUGAGGACCGCUUUGCUGUGGUUAUGAGUGGUUUUUUAGAAAACAGCCACCCUGCUGUGCAAUCUCUGGAGUCUCUACAGCAGAGAGCUAUGGAGGAAUUUUGUAAGGUGGCCUCUUUCUUUGGUGAGGAUGGCAAGAUCACCACCACCGAGGCUUUCUUUGGCAUUUUUGCCGAAUUCACUUCAAAGUUUGAAAGAGCCUUAAUGGAAAACCAGGCUACUGAAAAUCCUCCACGCAGCCCACGAAGUCCUCGCAUGGCAUCCCCCUUAGCAUGGUGACGGGACACACACACACACAUAUAUUAUAUACACAUUUACAUGAUAAUACACACACAUACAGUACACAUCAUGCACUAAAAGACUUUGUUACAACAUACAAACAUACCUGGAAAAACUGUUUCUUUACACAAGCUCUCAUACAGUAGUGACAAUGUGUGCAGAUACAUACUGUAGGAUACUUGCAGUUUUUGGAAAAUGUUUAAACUGAAUUAUAUUAAAAAAACAAAACAAAAAAAAAACCUAAAGACAUGUCUUUAGUCAAAAGUUUGUUGUAGCAUUAUACAGCGUGACUUUUAACAUACACACACUUAGAUAGGGUACUGAAUGUGCUGUGGAAUGUGAACAGAACUGUGAAUGAAACUGUACAUCAAUGAAAUGAGCUUACUGUUAAUCCAUGAGGGCUUUGUUUAAGUAAUGAUUCUGAUUCUUCUAUAGUAGAAUAUAUUUACAUAGACGUUGGUCACUUUGGAUAUAGCAUUCUAUAUUUG